CUUUGUGGUAACCCGAUUGUUGGUCCGUGAGUUUAUUUGUUUUUAUUAGAGCAACUUUCUACGUUUCCCAUUUACUAAUUACAAACAAAGAUCAAAUCUAUCAUCACGUUAAGUACUUCGGUUUAUCCUACAACUUUGAUGACACAUCAGUCAAUGUUCAUUCCGGGCUGGAUUCAUAGAGGCUGGUAUCGAAACAAGAUGUUGUGAAUCAGAUCAAAACGUUGAAGGUCUUCGUCUUAAGAGAAAUAUGUCUAGCAUUGAUGAUAGAUGUGUCGAAACCAAACCUCAUCUGGAAGAAGAAACUGCACCACAUUCUUGCAGGAAGCCUUUCCAAUGUGGGAUGUGCUUGAAGUGUUUCUCUCCCAAGAGUAAGAUUAAGCACCAUAUGAGGAUCCACACUGAUGAACGACCAUAUCAGUGUGGGGUGAGCAAAAACUGUUUUCUUGAGAAAAGUUACGUGAAAAAGCAUAUAUUAAUUCACAAUGGAGUUAAGAAUUUCAAAUGUGAUGUGUGUUCAAAAAGUUUCUUACAUAGUUCCCUCUUGAAAGUACACAUGCUCGUUCAUACUGGUGUUAUGCCUUUCAAGUGCGGGGUGUGUGCAAAGCGUUUUUCACUAAAUGUCAACUUAAAACAACAUAUGUUAGUUCACACUGUUGUUAAGGCUUUCAAGUGCGAGGUAUGUGCAAAAUGUUUCUCACGAAAUACCCACUUGAAACAACAUAUGCUCGUUCAUACUGGUGUUAGGUCAUUUAAAUGUGAGGUAUGUGCAAAAUGUUUUUCAAGGAAAAUUGACAUGAAAAAACAUAUGUUUGUUCACACUGGUGUUACAAAUUUUAAAUGUGAGGUAUGUGCAAAAUAUUUCACACGAAAUGACUCCUUGAAAAAACAUAUGUUGGUUCACACUGGUGUUAAGAAUUUCAAAUGUGAGGUAUGUGCAAAAUGUUUUUAUCUGAAUUCGGACUUAAAACGACAUGUUUUGGUUCACACUGGUGUUAAAAGUUUUAAAUGCGAGGUAUGUGCAAAAUGCUUUUCAAGGAAUAUUGAUUUGAAACGACAUAUAAAUAUUCACACAGGAGUUAAGAAUUUCAAAUGUGAGGAAUGUGCAAAAUGUUUCUCAGAAAGUACCAACUUGAAACAACAUAUGUUGGUUCACACUGGUGUUAAGAAUUUCAAAUGUGAGGUAUGUGCAAAAUGUUUCUCAAGCAAUGGCAAAUUGAAACAACAUAUGAACAUCCACACUGGUGUUAAGAAUUUCAAAUGUGAAGUAUGUGCAAAAUGUUUCUCAAGCAAUGACACCAUGAAAAAACAUAUGUUGGUUCACACUGGUGUUAAGAAUUUCAAAUGUGAGGUAUGUGCAAAAUGUUUCUCACAAAAUCCUGGCUUGAAACGACACAUGUUGAUUCACACUGGUGUGAAGAAUUUCAAAUGUGAGGUAUGUGCAAAAUGUUUCUCAAGCAAUGGCAAAUUGAAACAACAUAUGAAUAUCCACACUGGUGUUAAGAAUUUCAAAUGUGAGGUAUGUGCAAAAUGUUUCUCAAGCAAUGACACCAUGAAAAAACAUAUGUUGGUUCACACUGGUGUUAAGAAUUUGAAAUGUGAGGUAUGUGCAAAAUGUUUCUCACAAAAUCAUGGCUUGAAACGACACAUGUUGAUUCACACUGGUGAGGUAUGUGCAAAAUGGUUGUCAUCAAAUACCAUCUUGAAACAACAUAUGUUGGUUCACACUGGUGUUAAGAAUUUCAAAUGUGAGGUAUUUGCAAAAUGUUCCCCAAGCAAUGGCUAAUUGACUUAAAACAACAUAUGUUGGUUCACACUGGUUUAUCUCUCAAUUGGUACUUAAAGUUACAGUCUCUGUUUACCAUAUUAUAACAUCAUGUACAAAUGUGAAAUACAAGCUCAAAUGUACUUUUAAAAAACUCGUGUGUGUUCGCUAUGAAAGGAGAUCAUCGAAAGUAUACGCUCGAUUCGUUGCCUGUGCCGCCAUUGCUCAGCAAAGCACACACGACAGCCUAUUGUCAGUUUCAGUUAACACGUGCGUUUGGCGAUGUCAAAAUGUUUUUUGUUAAAACCGGUUUGAUCUUGACAACGUAUUAUCGACAAUCGUACCUUCCUAUU